UCAACGGUUGACCAUCGGCCACACUGUCUGGAUCGAGAUUUCAACUCAUCAACAAUUGCGCACUAAGUUUUCCGUAAAAAUAAACAGCGACGAACGUCCCGAGGAAUUACAAAUAUAGAAUACAGCCGAGCAGCCAUGACAAUUCUGGGAAAAUUUCGAGGGGAGAUCACGGACCAGGAGAAGGUGCCCCUGCCGAUGAACCUCAACGACGAGACGCUGAUGCACCAUGGCUCCCUAAUCGCACCCAAGGUCGUUUACAGCGACAAUGAAGCCGACACGGAGUCGAUGGUCUUUAACCGGCCGCAGCACCAUUGCCUGAAGUCCUUUCUGCUGUUUCUGAUCGCAGUGGUCGUGAUGCUUCUUGGUGUCCUGGGCGGAUGGACCCUUUAUCGCGUAUACGCUCCUUCGCAUGGCAGCAUGAGGUAUCACGCCCUCUGCGAGAUUCCCUAUCCGGAGGACUCGAUGGAAAUGGCGCGGGUAUAUCCACGUACCGAAGGACCCUUCGCCCUUAACUGGCGCUCCCUGCUGCCCCAGUUUGGACCUCCGAUGUCGAACAGUGAAUCCAUCGAUGAAAACUACUUCCGAGAGGACAUCGAACUGGAUGGCGAUAGCGAUGAGGAGGGAUACGCCCGUGUGGAUGUGCCCGACUUUAAGGAUGGACGGCGUGGUCGUUUCAUGCACGACUUCAAGGAGAACCAGUCGGCCAUUAUCGACACCACCACUGGCAGGUGCUUCAUCAUGCCUUUGGAUCGGGAUACCACCCUGCCGCCAACCAGCUUCGUGGAUCUCAUGAAGAAGAUGAGCACUGGCUACUACAAUAUCGAUACGGAGCGCGUUAGGCGGCAGAUGCGCGUCGUAACGCCCCGCAUCACCGAUCUCUCGCUCAUCUCGGAGCGAAUCGCCAACGAGUGCUACGACAUGAAGGUCUACAUGAUGGAAAAGUUCGUCUCGGGCAUUUCGAAGCGGUCAGCUGAACCUCUGCCCGAUUCCGGCAAGUACGCCGAGUUUAUGGGCAAGGGAGUCAUUGAGUACGAUUUGGCCAACAUUGCCGAAGUGGAGGCCUACGAGGCAAAUGAGGCUAACCAACGGGCCUGAGCAUCCGAGGGCUCCCAGCAGCGACGUUUGGAGCACGAUCUUUUAAGCUACAACACCCCAUAUGAAUACACAACCUAAACAAAUUAUUACUUAGAAUCGAUUUAUACAUAUAGCGAAGUGAAGGGAGGAGAUCUGUUCGAAGAGCCAUGCCUAGAAGUCUAGACCUGGUUUUCCACUGGUUAGCAGGACACACACCCCAAUCCGGGUGGAUAUAUCAUCAUUGGCCAGGUUAAGCGAAUCAUUGGCGACCCUAGUAAAGAAGCGUAACGAAAAUGUACCUAGAACGCAAUCAAUGCGAUCGACGAAAUUGUGACAAAUACGAGCAAUGUAUUAGCCUCGAGUGCGGAAUAAAAACGGAAGAGAUCGGUACAACACACACAGACACAGACACUGCGGCAUUCCAAGUACAUAUUUUAUAUAUAUGCUCUUUAACUAUUCUAACAAUUAAUGUAUAGAACGGAUUCAGAUCGAAGCUAUUUACAUGCAAAAACCAAACCAAAAACCAACCAGAAAAAACCGAAUGAGGAACGGAAACUAUCAGCAUGCGUCGAAAGACAGAGAAACAAAUUAAUCUAAAUGUUCUUUAAAACUACUAAAAUGUAUUAAACGCGAAUUUGUGAUCUUUA